CUCUCCUCUUCCUCCUUCGCCAGGAACUCCACACUCAGCGAGGACGUGAGCAGUCGUGGAAAGUUGAGCAGAGAUGGGAAAAAUGCAAGUUUUGGGUGUAGUUGCGGUGAUGUUAGCAGUGUACUGCGUCCAUGCAAAAGUGCACUUUCGGGAGGAGUUUCUGGACGGUGAUGAAUGGAGGAGUCGCUGGGUGAAUUCCAAACACAAGUCUGACUACGGAGAGUGGAAACUAACUGCUGGCAACUUCUAUGGAGAUGCUGAGAAAGACAAAGGUCUGCAAACAAGCCAGGAUGCUCGUUUCUAUGCUUCCUCUGCCCGUUUUGAUGCUUUCAGCAACGAGGGGAAGCCUCUGGUCAUUCAGUUUACAGUAAAGCAUGAGCAAAAGAUUGACUGUGGUGGCGGAUAUGUGAAGAUCUUCCCUGCGGACCUGGAUCAGACUGCCAUGCAUGGAGACUCCACAUACUACAUCAUGUUUGGCCCUGACAUCUGUGGCUACAGCACCAAGAAAGUCCACGUCAUCUUCAAUUACAAGGGCAAGAAUCAUCUCAUCAAGAAAGAGAUUAAGUGCAAGGAUGAUGAGCUGACCCACAUGUACACGCUGAUCCUGAAUCCAGAUCAGACCUAUGAGGUGAAGAUUGAUAACGAGAAAGUAGAAUCCGGCAGUCUGGAGGAUGACUGGGACUUGCUGCCUCCCAAGACCAUUAAGGACCCUGAAGCCAAUAAACCAGAGGACUGGGAUGAUCGUGCCAAGAUUGACGAUGCUGAUGACACAAAGCCAGAGAGCUGGGAAAAACCUGAAAACAUUCCAGACCCUGACGCUAAAAAGCCUGAAGACUGGGAUGAGGAUAUGGAUGGAGAGUGGGAGCCACCCAUGAUCCCUAACCCAGAGUAUAAGGGAGAAUGGAAACCCAAACAGAUCGAUAACCCCAACUACAAAGGAGCCUGGGUGCAUCCUGAGAUUGACAAUCCUGAAUACAGUCCUGAUUCAAACAUCUACAAGUUUGACAAAAUUGCUGUUUUAGGUCUUGAUCUUUGGCAGGUGAAAUCUGGUACCAUCUUUGACAACUUCCUUAUCACAGACGAUGUGAAGGAAGCAGAAGACAUUACAAUGGAGACAUGGGGUGUGACCAAGGAACCAGAGAUGAAAAUGAAACAGGAGCAAGAUGACUUGAAACGAAAGGAAGAGGAGGAGAAGAACAAAGAACAAGACACCGAGGUCGAUGAAGAUGAAGACGAAGAUGAUGAAGACAUUGAUGAGGAAGAUACAAAGGAUGAAAUGGAGGAGGCACUUUCAGAAAUGGAGGAAGAGGAAGCAAAGCUUAAAGAUGAGCUUUGAGGAGGUGUGGCCAGAGAUUUUGUCUGUCCCUCCUUUAGAAACUCUGUCCUGUAUUUCCCAGGGGUAUUGUGGCUGCUGUGCAUCCUUUCCCUGAGAGAUAUGGACACAAACCAAUUUGAGGGGGGCAAAGUGGAUCUUUAUAGAUUUAGUUUCUCUUUAUUUUUGGUCAUAAUAUUACCUUGUUGCCCCUGAACUGCUAGAUUGAUUCUAAGGUUUUACACCUCUAAAGCCCAUCCCCCCCCCUGUUGUGAUAACAGCGAAUAAGGAGAAACUGAAAUCCACUGUUUGUUUUCUUGAUUUUCUCGAUCUGCAAUCCUAUUUUCUAUGCAGAUUGUAUGCAGAAGCUGUGAUUGAAAAAUUGACAUUAGCAGAGAAUAAGCCAUUAAGAUUUUAACUUCACUGUCCCCAGACAAAAAUAAAUCUUAAAAGCACACAACUGAACAUAUAAAUUCAUAAACUCUAAGACCUACGCCAAAUAUCACCAAAUACAGACAGAAAUCAAGAUUGUAGUGUAACUUAUUUUGGUUGUCUGUAGCACUGACUAUUUUUAUUCUAUUUUCCACUCUUAAGGCAGAAUUGAAUGAAGUGUUUAGAUAUAAAUUAAUCCUCAUCUAAGUGCACAAUGAAAUUGUUUUUAUACAUGUAAAUGGCAUGUAUGUCUUCAUGGUAAUGUGAUGGAUCCUGCAUUAUUUCCAGAAGAUCUGGAGAAACAGAUGGUGGGCCCUCUGGUGUGACUCAUGACAUCAUUAAGGGUCACGCAGUUAUUUUUAUUGGACAGAAAGUUCUUGAUACCAAAGUUUUUAUUAAAAGAUUAUAACCUUA